GCGGUACGAAUCAAAACGUUAAAAUUCUGUCCAGAUUGACUAUCACAGUUGUCGGAUCCCGUUGCAAUCGGGGAUACGGUCUGUGACUUCAAAUUGAGUGCAUCAACAUUCAAAAACGUAUAAGGCUGACGAUUCAGCUGUGAUAUGAAUAGUUCGUCAAGGUGCGAUAUUUCUUGAACGCAAUCGACUACUUCUAUACGCAUCAUACAUUCGCACAAAACACAACAAAAUGUCUAUUCCAGAGUCUACUCGAGUCCUUGUCAUUGGUGGUGGCCCAGCUGGAUCGUACGCAGCUUCGGCGUUGGCCCGGGAGGGAAUCGAUACUGUCGUCCUUGAAGGUGACAAGUUCCCCAGAUAUCAUGUGGGUGAGAGCAUGCUGCCAUCGUUGCGCCACUUCCUCAGAUUUAUCGACCUCGACGACACUUUCGUUGCUCAUGGCUUCUAUAAGAAGAUUGGUGCAGCAUUCGUAUUGAACAACAAGGAUCCAGCUUAUACCGACUUCGUUGGCGCUGGUGGUCCAAACGGCUACUCCUGGAACGUGAUUCGCUCAGAGGCCGACGACCUCAUCUUCAGACAUGCAGGCAAGAGCGGCGCGCAGAUUUUCGACGGCGUUAAGGUCUCUGCCAUUGAAUUUGCGCCUCACGAGGGCCCAAGCACCGCCGACGAGAAGACCCAGGACCCUGGCCGCCCCGUGUCAGCUACCUGGACACGCAAAGAGGACAGCACCACAGGCGUAAUCAAAUUUGACUACCUUAUUGACGCGAGUGGUCGGGUUGGGGUCAUGAGCACAAAGUACCUCAAGAAUCGCCAUUUCAAUCAAGGUCUCAAGAAUGUUGCCAGCUGGGGCUACUGGCAGGGCGCUGGACGUUACGGUGUCGGGACGCCAGAGGAGGGUGUUCCUUACUUCGAGGCUCUCUCAGAUGGCAGUGGUUGGGCCUGGUUCAUUCCUCUACACGAUGGCACUACGUCCGUCGGCGUGGUCAUAAACCAGGAGGUUGCUACCCGCAAGAAGAAAGAAAUGGGAUCCUCAGGCAGCAAGGCAUUCUACUUGGAAAUGUUGAAGGCCGUGCCUAGAAUACUCGGACCAAUGCUCAAGGAUGCCACGCUUGUGACCGAAAUCAAAGCCGCAUCCGACUGGUCAUACAGCGCCUCAUCCUACGCAAGCUACAACACUCGCAUUGUCGGCGAUGCUGGCUGCUUCAUCGAUCCUUUCUUCUCAUCAGGCGUCCACCUUGCCGUGGCCAGUGGGCUUUCGGCUGCCGCAACUAUUUGCGCCUCCAUUAAAGGUCAAUGCAGCGAACACGAAGCUCUCGGAUGGCACUCGAAGAAGGUUGCUGAAGGCUACACUCGCUUCCUACUUAUCGUCCUAAGCGCAUUGAAGCAAAUCAGGGAGCAUGACCAGGCUGUACUUAGCGACUGGGAUGAAGAGGGCUUUGAGCGCGCAUUUGCCCACUUCCGACCCAUCAUUCAAGGGACUGCCGAUGUCCAUGGUAAACUGACCCAGGAGGAAGUGUCCAAAACAGUUGACUUUUGCUUGAAGGCCUUCGCGCCCAUGGACGUUGCCAAGCGCGACGCCGUUUUGGAAAGGGUCAAAGACCUGAAGAUCUCUGGCGGUGCGCAGGAUCCCAAAGCCCUUGAGGCGUACCUCUCUCCUGAGGAGCUACACAUCCUCAACGUUGUGCGUGCUCGAGAGAUGAUGCGGUCGGAGGACACGGUCAACAUUGACACCUUCACCUCCGACACUAUCGACGGUCGUGCUGUCAAUAUAAUCCAUGGCUCUCUCGGCCUCAUCUCUGCGGAAGAGGCUGCGAGGAAAGCGACCAAGAAGUCUGGCGAUAUCCUUGGUCAGCUUAUGGGGGAGGAAAAGAAGUUUUUCCACAGCGAACUUGAGGUCCCGGCUGAGAUCGUUAGCAAUUGACGGGAGAUGGGAACGGCAAGCGUAGAUAGUUUCAGGCUCAACGGGCCUGUAGUCCGGG